AUGAAGGGUAAAUGUAAUGUUUGGAUCUUAGUUUCUUUCAGUGUGUUACUCACAACUGGGUCUUUGAUUUCCUUCAUGGUAGUCCUUUCAUGGAUUUACUCAUAUGCAUUUUCUAGUCCUAGCUCAGUGAUUAAGUGUUAUGAGAGUAUUGCUAACACUAGUAGUUCUCAUUUACAUGUUCAGAGCUAUGUUGAGGCUUUGAAUUUUAAUGUUUCAAGGGAUGCAUGUGAUGUGUUUGAUGGAAGUUGGGUUAGGGAUGAUAGUUAUAGUUACCCUUUAUAUGAUGCUGAUGAAUGUCCAUUUGUGGAAAGAGGUUUUAAUUGUUUUGCUAAUGGACGUAAAGAUAGAGAUUAUACGAAAUGGAGAUGGAAACCGAAUGACUGUGAUAUUCCAAGGUUUGAUGCAAGGGGAAUACUCGAACAGCUUCGCGGGAAACGGGUUGUUUUUGUUGGUGAUUCGUUGAGUAGGACUCAAUGGGAAUCUUUGAUAUGUUUGUUAAUGACGGGAGUUGAUAAUAAGACGAGUGUUUAUGAAGUCAAAGGCAAUAAGAUUACGAGACAGAUUAGGUUUCUAGGUGUGAGAUUUAGUUCUUUUGAUGUUAGGAUUGAUUUUUAUCGGUCUGUUUUUUUGGUGAAGCCUGGCCGGGGUCGUAGAUUUGCGCGGAAAAGGGUGAAGACAACACUGAAAUUGGACAAGAUAGAUGAUAUUAGUCAUGAAUGGGUUGAUUCGGAUGUUCUUAUAUUCAAUUCAGGUCACUGGUGGACAAGGACCAAGCUUUUUGAUAUGGGCUGGUAUUUUCAGGUUGGUAGCUCACUGAAGCUUGGAAUGCCAAUUAAUUCAGCUUUCAAAACAGCUUUACAUACAUGGGCAUCUUGGGUGGAGAAUAAUAUUAACACAAACAGAACAAGAGUAUUCUUCCGUACUUUCGAAUCAACACAUUGGAGUGGACAUAACCACAAUGCUUGCGAAGUGACUAAAAAGCCUUGGAACAAAACAAAUGGCAAGGAUCGAAACCCAAUAUCAGAUAUGAUCAAAAGUGUAGUAAAAAACAUGAAUGUUCCUGCUACGGUUCUUCACGUGACACCGAUGGAUGCAUAUAGGAGUGAUGGCCAUGUGGGGACUUGGAGCGACAAUCCGUCUUUACCUGAUUGUAGUCAUUGGUGUUUACCUGGAGUUCCUGAUAUGUGGAACGAAAUUCUAUUCUCAUAUUUGCUACAAAAAGAUGGAGCAGGUUCACAUUAA